UGCGCAGGAGGAGCGCUCGCCGGCCACCUCGCCCCGCGCCCGCGGCGACACCUGUUCGCGGCCGCCGGCGGCACGCGGGUCCCGCCGCGGCGCCCCUCGCUCCCGCCGCCGCCCGCCGCCCGCGCUAAGCCAAUGGACGCCUGCCGAGCCCCUGGAGAAUUCUGGAUACCAGCUUUGGACGCCUAAAGUUUUUCCUUCUUUUUGUUUUAUUACCAUUAUUCUCAUUUUUGGAGGGAGGACGGGGGCAGAUUUGUCGCCGCCACCAACGUGAGAUUUUUUUUUUUCCCCUUGAAGGAUUCCUGCUGAUAUCUGCAGAGUCGGUUAGAGUGAAAACGGCGCAUGCCUUCCUGGAUCCGUAAAUUCUGACGUAGCCCGUGCAUCUUAAAAACCCCUAUAAUAACGCCUAGGCAUUUAAGUUGCUAUGGUCAUUCUGAUCUCAAACCAAAUGGAGAAACUACGGAUUUUUUUUCCUUAUUACGGUCGGAUGGGAUGAAGACCUUCCUGCUUGCUGAGAGCCGGGGAAUCUAUCUGUAGAGAUACAUAGAUACGUUUAUCAAUAUGUCAGUGUGUGAGUAUAAAGUGGUGGCUUCUUAGACUAUCCGUGGUUUGACCUUGAACCUGUGCCAGUGAAACAGCAGAUGACUUUUAUUUAUCCAUUUAAUGGAUUGAAGAAAAGGACCUUUUUUCUCUCUCUGCAACUGCAGUAAGGGAGGGGAGUUGGAUAUACCUCGCCUAAUAGCUCCUGGGUUGGCACCAUCAUUAUUGUUUAUCGCUGUGCUCCGAAAGCCGAGUCUUCUGAUGGCUCCCCUAGGUGAAGUUGGGAACUAUUUCGGUGUGCAGGAUGCGGCACCAUUUGGGAAUGUGCCCGUGUUGCCGGCGGACAGCCCGGUUUUGUUAAGUGACCACCUGGGUCAGUCCGAAGCAGGGGGGCUUCCCAGGGGACCUGCAGUCACGGACUUGGAUCAUUUAAAGGGGAUUCUCAGGCGGAGGCAGCUCUACUGCAGGACUGGAUUUCACUUAGAAAUCUUCCCCAAUGGUACUAUCCAGGGAACCAGGAAAGACCACAGCCGAUUUGGCAUCCUGGAGUUUAUCAGUAUAGCGGUGGGCCUGGUCAGCAUUCGAGGCGUGGACAGCGGACUCUACCUCGGCAUGAACGAGAAGGGGGAGCUGUACGGAUCAGAAAAACUAACCCAAGAGUGUGUAUUCAGAGAACAGUUUGAAGAAAACUGGUAUAACACGUACUCCUCGAAUCUGUACAAACACGUGGACACUGGAAGGCGGUUCUAUGUCGCGUUAAAUAAGGACGGGACCCCCAGAGAAGGAACGAGGACUAAACGGCACCAGAAAUUCACACAUUUUUUACCCAGACCAGUGGACCCCGACAAAGUACCCGAACUCUAUAAGGGUAUCCUAAGCCAAAGUUGACAAAGACCAUUUCUUCACUUGAGCCCUUAAAAAAGUAACCACUAUAAAGGUUUCACGCGGUGGGUUCUUAUUGAUUUGCUGUGUCAUCACAUCAGCUCCACUGUUGCCAAACUUUGUCGCAUGCAUAGUCUGACGGAGGCGUGGAGGGGACAUGCUGAUUUUGUUCUCCAGGCUCGUCCUCUCUCGGGACCCCCUGCCCGCUGCUGCUGGGUGGGUGGAGAGCAGAAGGCAGGAGGCCGCAGGGUGAGGGGGUGAGUGGGGCUGCGGAGAGGAGGGAGCAGAGAGGACCAGCCGAUGCAUGUGGGGAUAGAUGCGCUUUCCCGUCCGGUCUCUUGUCCUUCAUCCUCAUCAGCAGAGCUGGCACACCUGGAUGCAUCGGGAUCUGGCUGGCGGCCCGAGGCGGGCCCCGCUGCAUUUUCACAGGCAGGAGGGUGCGGUCUGACCGACAGGACUUUCUCGGUUCAUUGUCACGGGUGUCAUCCCAGUGAAUUUAAAGCAAAGACCUCUUAGUUAAAAAAAAAAAGAAAAAAAAAGAAAAAAAGUUAAAUUUAUUUAUAGAAAUUCCAAAGGCAACAUUUUAUUUAUUUUAUAUAUUUAUUUAUUCUAUAGAGUUUAUUUUUAAUGAAAUAUGUACAGGCCAGAUAGGCACUUUGGAAGCUUUAGGCUCUGUAGGCAUUAAAUGGCAACGUCCGCUACAAACCUGUGGCAUAUUCAUGCAGCGAACGUGGCGUGCAUGGAUGCGAGACACUCAGAUGGCCCUAGUGUCCUAAAGGCGACAAUCGCUUUUGUGCCCGUGUUAUUGUAAACUGAUGCAUACCGUUCAUGACACUGAGUGUCCACUCUUCAGACUGCUUGUUCCAUAGCUUAUCCCAGAGGAUUAAAGAUAAACUGGGUCUCAAACUUUUAUUCUGUGUCUGUAAUAUUUCCUCUCUCAUAAGUGACUUCCUCCCUCAUUGUAACUUCACGGUUGGAAAAUAUAAGGGUUGGUAUAUAUUCUACUUGUCUAAAUGUAUCGCAGAAUAUACCAAAGCUAAACAAUAACAGUGCUUUUAUUUUAGUCGAUCUCCAGAACAACAGGACUCAUAUCAAACAUUGUACUGGAUUAGAAUUCUCAAAAAGGAAAAAACAAAAAAAAAGCUUACUUGGCACAGAUUUUUCUUUUUUUUUAGGGGGCAAGAAUCAGAGUCAGAACAACAGGGUAAUUCUUAUAAACUUUUUAUUUGUGCACUUGGCUCUCAAAUAUGAAAUUACACAAGUACCAUAGGGGUUAUUGUAACCUCUUUUAUAGAAAAUUGCUUUCGGUGUGACCUGUCAUAAUACCUGGUAAAAGCACCCUUCAAGUAAAACUUGCAAAAUGAAACUAAUAAAUCUCCAUCAAUCCUGACAAUGAGGGGGAAAGUAUAUAUUUGUUGACUGCGUUUUGUUUUUUAAAAUGGUCUUCACAAGCACUCAAUUUUUUUAGAGGGGAGGUUACUCUAUAGAUUAUCUUUUACAAGGCUUUUAUAACAUUUUAUGCUGAAAAGCAUAAGAAUACAUAUUUCUUUAGUAGCAAUAAUUUUGAAACUUGCCCUUGGGCAAGGGAGAUUAUUUCUUACUAUAUACUAAGGAGAAAAGAGCCAAAUUCUUAAAGCAAUAUUUAAGAAAAAGAAAUCUAUAACAAAUUCUCAUACCACAUAUAACACUUUCUGGCCAUUUGUGUGGGAAAUUGAAAGUGACAGUUAAAAAAUGUGUUGGGAUUUAUGUAACUAAUUUUAAAAUUUAAUAUUCCAACUUUGUUUUGCUCUGAUGCACAUUCUCUAUGAAAAGUAAAAGUAUGCCACUGGUGAGUCAAAGCUGUUUCGAAGUAGAAGCACAUGGCUGAUUGUCAUGAGCGCCGGGGGCCCAUCUCUGGUCCAAAGGGCAGAACGGACAUGGCCUCCUGUUGAUGUGCAUUAAAGAAAAACUAAGUCCAACAUUUGGAAUUAAGAAAUAUGCUGGGGGGGAGGGGACAGAAGCAAUGUAAAAUAGCUGAUUUGUGGUAAAAGUCAGAAUGUCCUCUUCGUUUAUUUUCUUGUUUUUUUUUUUUUAAACUUUCUUAACAGAAACUGCAUUUAAUUCCAAGAGGUAGUAUUCUUAUUUAUUAUUUAACCCUUUGCUGCUGCUAAAAUGUGCACAUAUUCAGGCUUUAGUUUUUCCAAAAGGCAUUUAAUAUUGUUGGCUGAAAAACAUUAAACAUCUGAUCACAGGGAAGAAUCAAGUUUCUAGGAUGUCAUAGGUACAAUAUUUAGCACCGGAGAAAUUGAUUUUAGGAAAUAGCCAAAAGUAAUCUUAGAGUAGCAUGAGAUGCUAGAUUAAUCAGCCUAAAAGAAAGAAAACAAUUUGUGAAAAAGACUAAACUCUCCAUGCAUUCCUAAGAAAAUGCUACUUUAAUGUCGACUUUUGGAGUUAUUUUGUUUUGGUUACUUUUUUUUUUGAAAAAAGAAAAACAAAAUGUUAUAUGCUUUUGGCAAUUGAUAUGAUAAACUGUAAUGGUCUGUAAAUAAAUAAAUACUGACUUAUGCAAUUUCUGUACAUAAGUGUUCUGGGAGAGUAGAUGGCUCAGGGUUUUGGCGCGGGCGCUGUCCUGCUGGGCCACAGAGUGAGUCGCCCCAGCUCCUGGCUUUGCAACUGGUUCUUGUCAUAAGGGACCCAAGGCCGUGGGUGGCUGCUCAAGCCUCUGUGGAAUGAUGGGUCCAGUUUUGACAAACACAAGCCCGGCCAGCCAAACCGCUAUGUCGUUUGUGCCAACACUGCACCUUGGUCACAGACUUAACAGGCACGGACUGACCCCCCCCCAUCUGUCAUGCGAAUGUCCCCAGGCGGUGCCGACGUGCCAGGUACCUUGGGGCACCUGUCCCUGCCAAGUCCUGUUCUGUGGAUAAGUGGACGGCUUCCAUUUAUGGUUUUCAUUCGAUCUCAUCUCAUUAACACAACAUUGUGUUAUUUACUUGAUAAUCUGUAAUUGUAUGUAAAUACAUACAGGAUUAUGUAAUUUGUGUAAAUACAUAAUUACAGACUUUGGAAAACUGGUAUUUUUUACUUGAUGUCCAUGUUGGAGCUGCUUCCGAUUCUGUGCCUACGUGAACCGAUGGAAUUUUAAAAACACGAUCUCCUUGCUCUUA